AUGAGCCCUAAACGGCCGAAGAACACCGGGUCUGUUUACCCAGACCAGCCACAGUACAAGUAUGAGGCGCCGGAGUUCAAACCGUCGACUCUGGCCGACUCUGAGAUCGAAGUGAAAGUGCGACUAGCCAACCCCAGUUCAAGAGAUUUGGAGUUCACAAUGAUCGGGGACAAGUUUACGAGUUUUGAAGUGAUUCGCCAGGCUAUAAUCAAGCGUCACGGUGGUAGCAUUGUUGAAGUCUUUAUGUGUAUCAACUACUUCCAUAAAGACGAAUGCGUCGACGUGACUAGGCAAUUGAAAGACUACGGGAUCACGUCCGGGCCAUGCACUAUAUACUACGACUUUACGCCCUUCUCUAGUCCUCUGCUUGCUGCAUGA